AUGAGGAAUCUUUUCUUUUCCUUUGUUAUACUCAGCGUAAUUAUAGCUGACAUUUUAGGGGACAUUCCAGGAUGUGAUUAUUUCGAUACUGUCGCGCUGUCCAUAAACCAAAGAUUACAAAAUGGAUCCUAUCAAUAUGAGGGUGUUUUGAUUCCAAAAGAAGAAGUCGGAGAGUACGAUUACGAGAUUCUGUUUGAUGGUGAUAAGGAAUCGGUUGCUAUGCAUACAAGGGGAUGCAUCUGCAAAUUUAGGACCUGUAUUCGAUUUUGCUGUCAUCCACAAAAGUUGCUUGUAGAUGGAGAUCGGAGCUGUGAAAACGUUAACAAUACCUUAGAGUAUAGUACGGUCUUGAAUAUAACAUUAAAUAACGGCACACAGAUUGAGAAAAAUGUAAUGGAAUUUAUGGUACAACAACAUCUUCCCGUACCUUGCGCCAAUCAUGAUUACCUUAACAACACGAAUAUAUACCAGAAUUGGACAUUAUUUGAGAAUGCCACUCUGUUACGUCAUCUCGAUGGUCGGGAACUUUCUAAACGGGAUUAUUGUUUUCAGCCUAUGGAUAUGGGCGAUUAUGGGAUUCAACUAAUUCCGCAUCAUUGCCUCGAAACCGAUUUAACCACUUCUUAUAUUCAAAUGGUGUCGAUAUUCUUCAUUAUUUUGAUCAUUAUUGUGUAUAUGAUAUUACCGAAUUUCAAAGGUGUCCAUGGCAAAUGCUGCAAAUGUUAUUUCGUUUGUCUGAUUUUAAGUUUUACACAUAUUAUUAGUGCAAGUUAUGGCUGGGUUGAUACAACUGAUAAUAUGUUGUGCCCACUGAUGGCACAUACUGGUUAUUACUCUAUAAUUGCCACGUUUUUAUGGCUUUUGAUAAUUAACUACAAUUUAUGGAAAACGUUUAAUAACAUUGGCGUUGGACAAAAGUCAAGAUUUUUCCAUUACAAUAUCUUUGUUUGGAGCGCUGCUGCUGUCCUUCUUUUAAUCACAAGUUUGGUUGAUUUCAUAUUCAAAGAGUAUUCAGAAGCUGAGAAUUGGAUACCUGGUUUCGGAACUUAUUUCUGUUGGAUUAACGUAUACAGUUGGUCGGCAAUGAUCUACUAUUAUGGGCCAAUGUCAAUGUUGUUAAUAUUUAACACAACUUUUUUUGUUAAAACCGCAAUGCGCAUAUUUGUCCAGAAUAGAAAAAAUAGACGUCAGUUAAAGAAAUCGGAAGGGCAACGUAAUCUGAGGAAUCUGACGAAUUUCAGCAUGUUUUUCCGUUUGUUUGUCAUCGUGGGCGCUCUCUGGAUUCUUGAAAUCGCAUCUUUUAUAUAUGCACGCAUUUCUACAAACUCAACGGGAAUUCUGUUUGCUGAUAUUAUCACCUCUGGACAGGGUGUCAUAUUAUUUGCAGUAACAAUUUUAAAACGGGACGUCUUGAAAUCUCUAGCAGAUCGAAUUCUAAGGAGAAAAUCACAGAAUGAAGCAUCCAUAUCGUGCUCCAGUCAUCUAGCGACAACUGAAAUUAGUUUAAUGUCAAAAGCUCCGAAAACUUUAACAAAUGAAACGGAAGAGGGAAAGUGUUCAUUAUAUUAAAAGUAAAAAAAUUAGUUGAAUAAUGGAUCAA